AGCUCAGCUUGUAACAGAAUAUAAAUGGUUGGAGGCAAUUGUUACAGAUUCAUACAGUCAACGUGCGUCGUUGCGCAAAUUUUCCUUCCAAAAUGGCCAACCAGUUAUCAACGGUAGUUUUCCUAGUCUUUUUGCUGGGCUACGUUCAUGGAUUGCGCGUGAACAUGACCCGAUUUUCAAACUGUCAAGAUCUGCAGCUGCAGUACGACCGUAUUCCGGUUUCCCUGACGAAAGUUACGUUCGAUCGCGAUGCGGACGGCGUGGCCAACACAAUGCAUGCCGAGUACGACGUGCGGGCGGCUAGCGAAGAAGUGCAGUGGGAACUGAUCCUAACCAGCUACAAGUGUCCGCUGGGUGGCGGUUCCACGAUCUGCCUGGACAAUCCGAAGGAGUACGUGGAAGAAAUGCACUGCGAGCGGUUCCACUCGGACGAUUCCGGGCCGUGGUUCAUGCUGUCGAGUGCCAUGUCAAACGGGGAUAAAUGUGGCAGGGCUGAGGGACACUUCAACCUUGAUUCGGCGAUUUUGAAAAUUAAAUAUCUUCAAGCUUACACCGAGCUGGGAACCGGAACGUACCGCAUUAAGAUGCUUUUCCACGUGCCACACACGGAUAUGGCGGAGAAGAACGUUAAGGGAUGCUGCGAGAUGGACUUUGAUGUGAUUGAUUAGAAACUUAAGGAAGAUAACGACUGAUGAUGAUGACCUCACGCUUCGACCCCUGACUAUGAGUUGAGUGGAAAAGUAUUGCAGUUGCGCACAUGCACAGAAGUUAUUAUUACUACAAGUUGUACAAUAGUGACAGUUAUUUAAGUUAAACGAAUAAAUGGUCUUUAUUACUUCUGAAAAUGCUU